ACGCCCUGACUCCCCGCCGCCCGGCCCCGUCGCUUCAGUCGCCGCUUCCUCAGCUCCUCGGCCGUCGAGUCGCUCGGGGUCUCGGCGAGGGCGGGCGUGCUCCGGGGGCCGAGGCCCGAGCACGGCGGGCGGGCGCCCUGUCGGAACGGGCGCGGCGGAGCGGGCGGGCAGGCUCGGAGGCCAUGGCGGCCUCGGCGGCCUCGCACCGGCCCAUCAAGGGGAUCCUGAAGAACAAGGGCGUCACCGACGGCCCCUCGGGCCCGCCCCCGCCCGCCGCCGGCUCCUCGGCGGGGCCCGGCUCCACCGCCUGCGACGAGGACUUCGGUAAAAAGUCCCAGAAGUGGGAUGAAAUGAACAUCCUAGCGACCUAUCAUCCGGCAGACAAAGACUACGGUUUGAUGAAAAUAGAUGAACCCAGCACUCCCUACCACAGUAUGAUUGGCGACGAUGACGAGGUCCUGAGUGACUCGGAGACGAACGAAACCCUGCCCCCAGAAGUCCUAGCCGGAAAGUUAUCAGCUGCAGAAGGCUCUGAACCAAAGUUUCUCGUUCAUGACGAUGAAAGCAGUGAAGAGGAAGAUGCCCUGACGCCUGAAGAACAAGAAAAACGUCGUCAGUUUGAAAUGAAGAGAAAACUUCACUACAAUGAAGGACUCAACAUUAAGCUGGCGAGGCAGCUCAUCUCCAGAGAGCUUCGGGGAGACGAAGAUGAUGAAGAUGAGGAUGACGACAGCGAAAAGAGACCUGGUGGGAGCAGCGAGCGCCAGGGCCAGUCAGAUGUUCCCUAGAAGAGUUUGGGGUAGCGGCUCCAGACCUCUGCUCCUUCACUGCUUCACGGUCUCUGCACUUCACAACUUAGGUGUCGAAAUGAAUAUUGAGCAUAUUGCCAAGAGUAUUAAGGGUAACAUGAGAGAGAGAGACUGCUGGAUGAGGCAGAAAAGGCAGCGGAGAAGACCUUGCUCCUAGUGUUUGCCUCAGAAGACUCAUGUUCACACUGGCGUUUCCAAAUGGCCUUCCUUUCCUAAGAACACUGGUUAGUUUGUAUAGCAUUUUAUCACUUUGUAUGCUUUCAGAGUUCAAUGGUAGCUGUUUGUUGUUAAUUUAUUUGCUACAGUUCAAGAGGUGGUAUAUCACGCAUAAAGUUUUUAAAAAUUCAAAUGAUAAUAGCAAGUAACAGGUUGAUAAAAUCUCAUCCUGAUUAAGGAAUAAUAACCUUUUUUUUAAUUGAAAAAAAAGGGAUUCUUUUAGCAGAAGCUCUUCUGUAGCUCUACCUGAUCUAGCAACUUUAAAAUUCUUACAUUUUUCCUUUAGACCUUGAAAGGAAAGCCUGGAAUUUUUUGUCUCUUCCAAAGGAGCUGUUUUCCCAGAAGCUUUUUGAAGUUCGGUUUGCACUAACCCCUGGCCUUCUACCCUUUUGUACGCUCAAUGGGCAGAUUUGAAUCUGGUUUUUUUGAGUGGAUACAACCCAGCAAUAUCCCCACCCAUUCCAUGCCUACCCCCAUUAACAACCCACCACAUACACAUAAUCAGCAGGUCCUUGAGAUUCGAUUUUCAAUGUGGUAGGAACUGGCCUUACGUAGAUGGCUCAAACGCUCACCAUUAUCCUAACAUGUGUAACCACAAUGGCUGAUUAGGGCUUCUGGUCCAUUUAGGCAACAGGUGGCGCUGUCUUCAGUAAUGACAGUCUUCACAAGAAAAUAACUCGAGAGUUUACCUGAAAAAAUUAAUUGUGUUCUUCCUCCACUUUGGGGAAUUUGAGUUUUUUUUUUACUUGAUUAGCCCCUAGGAAAUCCAAACUGCAUUGAUUUGCAUGACUAGAGAGGAUUGUGUAACGUGAUCUGGUAUAAUUCCCAGACUGUGCUCAGUCUCCACAUGAGACAAGUGUCACUAGAGCCCGCUUCAAGAGUUAACACUAAAGCCAAAGGUGCUCUCAUCUUCUGAGGUCGAAAUACGCGAGUUUUCUCGGAAGUGGAGUUUAAAUCCAGUAUGUUUUUGGCCCAGUGACAGCUUCAUUUGUAGUCGAGUAUCUAGAGGUUAAAUUUGAGCCUUUUGAAAGCAGAUUUUCCAUUAUAUGGAUCUACUUUUACAAUUUUUUGUGUCUCUUGUAUAUAUGAAAUAACUUUAUUGAGCAGCUUGACUAUCGAAACAUCAGUGUCUAAGUCAAUAAAACAGUAAAAAAAGACUGGUCGCCAUUGGAAAAAAUGUGAUACUUCUUUUAAACAUUUUAUGAAACAGAUAUUUUUUUACAGUGAGAAUCCAGAUAAGAUCCUUGUUGCUGUAAUCAAUGGAAGUCUUGCUGGGAUAACUUCCCACUGCUUGUGCCCUCCUUCCUUCCUUCAAUAUAGUGAUGUUACCCUUUUCUAAAGCAUUCUAGCUUUGGGGGGAAGGAGGGGGAGUGCCAGAGUGAGGGAUCCCUAUCCUUUAUCUCUGUUUUGUGUUCUGAAGGUUUUGGCAGGGGGUUGUUUUUGAAAAUAUCAAAGUUCAUAUAUGUAUAUAUAUAUACAUACACAUAUAAAAACAGCUGCUCUUUGGAAACUUGAUGUAAAGAAAGUUCUUGGGGCUAAAUAUUAGAUGACACUUGGCUGCUCUUUAUCAAGGCUGAGAUUCUUUCCUAGAAGCUCUAGGUUUGCAAAGGUAAUUGGAAAACCACUUUAUUCUUACCCCAGUCUUCCAAAUUUAAGCACACAGAUAAACUUUAUUCUAUCUGUCUAGUACUUGGAAUGUGUAUAGUUAUGAAAUAUGUCAGGACAAAGCUUGGCCUCGUAGUUUCAUGAAGAAGGGACAUGUUUUCCUGAUGCCCACAAAUUGCUAUUACAAAGUUAGCGUCUGAAAAAAUACCUGAUUGUAAAUGUACAAAACAAAUGACUAAAUAAAAUUCAAAAGACUUCUAA